CCAAGCCUUCGCCUGAGCCGACCUGCCACUUCAUACACAUUCAGUCAUGUUUUCUCACCUACAACCUCGCAAGCAACUUUCUUUUCCCAAGUCGGACUUCCCCUUGUUCAAGACCUAAUUCAAGGGGAGAAUGGGCUGCUUUUUGCUUAUGGAAUCAGUGGUUCCGGAAAGACGUGGACCAUUCAGGGUGGCAGAGGGCAGGGGAAAGAGGGGCUGAUCUGGAGGGUUCUUCGAAGCGUCAUGACUAACGUAAAGGGGCAGCAGGGAGACAUUCCGCUGAAAAUGGCCGGGAAGUCUGUGUUUAGAGAUCAAGACGCUCGGGAAUCGCUGGGAAGUGGGUUGGAUUCGGAAGGCUCCUCAGAUGGUGCCAUUAAAGUGGAUCGAAACUACACAUAUUCCAUAUUUGUGUCCUAUGCAGAGGUCUACAACGAAAAAGUUUUCGACCUCCUCGAUCCCAAUACAACCUCCGGAACGAUCAAACGCAAACCCCUGGCCCUAAAAUCUGAUCCAUGUGGAGGUGGAAAAUACAUUCAUGGUCUGAGGGAAGUCAGAGUGCGGACUGUAACGGAAGCUCACACUGCGUUCUCUACGGGGCUCACAGCGCGGCAAGUAUCUGGGACAAAGAUCAACCACCGCAGCAGCAGAAGUCAUGCCAUAUUCAGCGUCAGAGUUGUUCGAGUUCACAAAGGACGACCCGCUGAUCCUGACUCAAUUUUCAAUUCACGACUUAGCAUUGUUGACCUAGCUGGCUCGGAGAGAUCAAAGGCAACGUUAGCAACAGGAGAUCGUCUGAAAGAAUCUGGCUCCAUUAAUAAGUCUCUCAUGGUCCUAGGCCAGUGCAUGGAAGUCCUGAGAAGCAAUCAGCGGAAGCUUGCGUUGGCGGGUUCUCAUGGUGGAGGGCCUGUGAAACUUGGUGUCGUUCCUUUCCGACAUAGUAAGCUGACAGAAUUGUUCCAAGACUUUUUUGUUGGGGAGGGCAAAGCAGUGAGUAUUUGA